AUGUAUAUUCUAGUAUCCGACAGAGGUGUGUUGACGAUCAAAUUAAUGGGAGAACUUGCAUUCACCAGUGAGUUACCCCCGUGGGAACAAUGCAUUCUGGACGUAUAUUCCUUCGAGUGUGCUGAAAUUACCACUGCCCUGUGCGAAAACAACUUUGACCUCGUUGGUUUGAUUGAACCACUAGAGGAGUGCCAAUUGAGCUGUCUUGUACGUCCUGAGAAACUGGAACCACCUUUAGCCAUGGUCAUCAUUACCACAGAGCCGAUUGACACACCGGACGAAGUGUCUGUAUUGGAACAGCUGGAAGAGCUGGCUGCGAAUGCGUUUUACACGAAUGGUCCGUAUUUCAAAUGGUUCUACAGUACAGUUGAUAUAUGUUCCGGAUGUACAGGAAGCUGA